AUGGACCCAUUCAAUGACGUGUAUAAGGAUGGACUUGAGCAGAUGGCAAAGCUCAAGACCACAUCUCCAAACCAACUCGACUUCAACAAUAUCAAAACAGAACUUAUAGAAAUUAUAGGUGACCUAGAGAAUGCAAUUGAGUCCGUGAAACAAUCAAAGAGCCGAGCAAGUGCUGGAAAUGGAAAUGAUAGUUUUCCUGAAAUUGAUUCCUUCGAACUGACCGAAAGAGAGAAAAAAUUGGCUGAGCUUAAGCAACAAUUUAACAAAGUGAUGAGUUCAACUGAACUCAAGGGUCAUUAUUCGGACAACCCAUUUGCAGACCCAGAUGAUAAGACAAAUAAUGAAGGCGAUAAAUCACAGGUAACCGGAGGGGACUCACAGCUGCCGUCUGGUACAGAUUACACUGAGUACCAUCAACAACUUCUCCAGGAGCAAGAUGAUUUAAUUACAAAUGGAUUGGCAACGUCAAUCGAGAACCUACACAACCAGGCGGUCAAUAUUGGUGAUGAAUUGGAUUAUCACCAGGAACUUUUAGAUGACGUCGAGGAUGAUUUAGACCGGUUAAAUUUCAAGAUUGUUCGAACAGGAAUACGGAGGAUGAAUAAAUUCUUGGGGACGAACCAAAGAGGUAGCAAUUGUUGCAUAGCCAUAUUGAUAGUGGUGCUUAUAUUUGUGCUUGUUCUUCUUAUCAUUGUUUAG